CUCCACCAUUAAGCAUCAGUCGAGCCACCUCCAGACACAAUUCUGAGGCGUUUACCACGUUCAUUCAUGCAACGCGCAUUCAGCCCUGUGCGAGAGCCAAGACGUUCCAUUCGGUUCCCACCAAGCUCUGAGGGGUUAGGGGACGCCCCCACGCGACACAAACCCAUUUACCUGCAGGUCGCCAUCGACAAUUUACCGACAAGUUUGCCGGGCUGUUGGUUCACGUUAACGGACGAACUGAUUCGAGCCAAGAACUCAAAAUCGGCCCUUUAGGGCUGAGGCGGGUGUUGCUUUUGGUUAGACCAUCACAGCAGAUCUGCUGACGCGCAAAACGUCAACUAGCACCUCUCUGCGAG